UCUCGUUACUACUACUACUACUGCCAGUGGUGCGGCUACGGUCAUAGAGCCUAGUGGUCGCCUGUUCGCGAUACGUUGUUGGGCUUGAGCUGUCCUAUCGGGCCGUUGUUGUCGUUGUCGCUGCUGCUGUUGUUGUUGUUGGAGGCGGCAGCGGUUCUCUGUCGCUCGCCGCCAAUGUGUGUGCACGGUCCUGUGGGCCUGUGCCGUCGCCGCUGCCUCCGAUGGUGCCGUUGAGGAGUCAUGUGGUGAGCACAUCUGCCACGCGCCAACCAGCGCGCUCUUCGACUAUCGGGGGCCACCUCUCUCCCUCGACAGAUGCGCGAUUGAUAUAUAAACGACCGGCUCUACCUGAGUCGGGUACCAGUCUCAUGUUGACGAGCAUCGAUCGAGGAACUCCUUUUAGGCGGACAGUCAGAUUAGGUGAACUGCAACUAACGCUAUAGAACUCGAUUCACUUAAACAAGAAGCGGAUUCAAAUCGCAAACGAAAUCAAUGCAAGUUUUACAGAUAGUGAGCUGGCAGCAGUGCUGAUUAUGCGUCAGUGAUCUUCAAUAAACGUUUGUUCCUAAUGUGCAACUAUUGACAUUCUACAGAGACGUCAUGUCUACGGUGCCAGUGAAUCGCGUGCCACGCAGCGAGCCCAGCUCGCCUGUCAUGGAUUACUCGAAGGAUUACUUUGUGGAACCCAUGUUGCCAAGGCUUCAGCGCAGACUCAGCGCAACGAAGAAGUGCCGUACCUGCCACAAGAUUGUGUACUUCACCGGUAUCCGCUGCAAACACUGCGGGUAUAUCGCUCAUGAGACGUGUGCAGAUGCCGCACCUCACGUUUGCACCGGUGGCGAACUCCUGCGUCGUCGUCGGUGCCACCAAACCGCGUUCCCGUUCACGCCGGAGGCCAUUUCAGCCGCUGCGGCCACGUGUAGCACGGGCUCUGCUUCCGCCCCUGCGUCGCCCAAGAGUCCAAAAUCACCCAUAUCGCCUACAGAGUUUCUGAAGACGGCUUUUUCAUGGAUGAAAGGCACAAAGAAGUCAUCUGCCCCAGUCACUGCUUCUAUGCCCGCCAGCCCAUCGACCCCGGCCAAGAAAGCUGUCGCCGAGCUUACAGAAGAUCGUAGCGCGACUUGGUCUUCGCCCGAGCGCGUGUUGUCUUCUGUACCAGAGCAAGCAUCGGCUAUCGCUAACGAGGACUCCGACAACGCCGUGUCUGAAUGGUGCAUCCCGGCUAAGGAUCUGCAGUUCGAGCAGCGCCUGCGACACGGGCGAGAGAACGACAUUUACGAGGGCCGUUGGCACGGGGCCGUCUCCAUUUACACGUUCAAGCGAUCGCAAGAACUCUGGUCUCAAGUGAAUCGUCUCAUGCAAGUUCGUCAUGAGAACUGCUCGCUGUUUAUGGGAGCCUGUAUCGAGCGUAACAACUUGGCGAUCGUCACUUCACCACGAAACGGUCCCCAGGUUUCGGAGGCCAAAUCGCAGCUCAAUGUCGACGAGAAGCUUUCCGUAGCACGUCAGGUCGCCCAAGGAAUGGGUUACCUCCACGCCAAGGGUAUUGUGCAUGGAAAGCUGAACACAAGCAAUGUACUACUAGAAAAGCGCCGUGCUAAAAUCUGCCUAUUGGAUCAAAGUUUUGGCGAAGUUGACAAGGUCCGUGAAGGCUAUGGAUGCCUGCUCAAAGACACGGUGGCAUUUUGGGCUCCUGAAUUAGUGAAGAAGAUUCACAUUAACGGAGCUAAGGUCUCCGUACGUCAUCCGUUUACCCGUGCGGCAGAUGUAUAUGCUUUUGGAAGCUUCUUAUUUGAGCUGUUCACUGGUCAGCAACCGUUCGAAGGAGAGUCGAUCGAGGCAACGCUGUAUAAAAUUGGCAACGGGCUCACGGCCGAUUUUAAGAGCCACUCCGAGAUUCCUCGUCCUAUCCGUGAUCUCAUCGUAAAAUGUUGGUCGGUUGUGCCUCAAGAUAGACCUACAUUCAAGCAUAUUUUGUCCUUUCUUGAGGAGAACAAACUCGCCUGCUCAGCACUUCACAGACGACAUAGCUCUUCUACGCCUAAUCGCCUUGACCGCAUUGGGCUUGGCCUUGUCCGCUAACUACGAGUGCAGUGAACACAUUUCGAACUUCUCUUGCCGCGCAUAAGCAGUGGCAGUCCUAAGGGUGCCAAAACGCUUUCAUCGCCACCUCCACCGAUGCCGACCAUUCCGAACCCGAGUGUCUAGUCAUUCUAUUGUAUUCUUUACCAUUGUUUACUGUCGUUGAUUAAUAUACCUCUGUUGUUCACUGUACUUUAUCAAUGUUGACGAUGGAUUCAUCAUGUUGAGAGAUUCUCAUUUUUACCUGAAACGAAAACACGUAAAUGCUGUCAAUGAAGCCCCAACACUCCGAGGAAAAAAAAACAAACCACAAGGUGAAAAAUCAAAGAAGGUGUGACCUAGUCAUUUUGCGCACAACUUACCAAGUACCAACUAAGUUAAAAGAAGCGAGAAGGAAAUAAACAGGAUUCCGAUUCACAUCAAAUUCAAAUGUGUCUUUGACCUACCCGUUUAGCUAGCAGUUUAAAUGUUAAAGCUUUAACGUUUAAGUAAAAAGAGUUACUUGUCGAACCAGUUUUAGCAGACGAGAAAGACCGGUAUAACCAGUUAGUCUGGCGACACGCCUCUACCAGUUACUAUUUAGAUAAAUAUAUAUACACUAAGAGGCUAACCAGCUUUCGUUCAGCUGGAUUUUUGCGACGAACGUUACUGGACCUCGCUCGAAAUCAUCGAACUGACUGGUUGACCCGUUACCCUGUUCAGGUUACUGUCGUACAACAACUUCAUGCAUAAACUUUUCUAAAUUUUGCCAGAUCAAGCUAGCUAUGUGUGUAUAGCAUGGGGUAGAAUAGUGGAGGCCGAUGGCAUACGCGUCCUUGCUGGGAUCAGCUGGUCAGCGCUUCGAAGCCCAGGCUCUGACGAAAACUAGCUCGACCGACGGCGGCUAGCAUGAGCCACCCACGCGAGUACAAGGUAGAGGCCGAUAUAGAACUCAGCGAGCUAAAUCUACUGUGCCCUCGAGUCGUAAGCACCCUUGCGUUUCGAGUUUUGAACUUCGAGUCGCUUUACCGCCAGCCGAACGAGGAGCAGGGUGAUCAGGGGUUUCGCGGGGAGCCAGUAGCGACGCCCGCAGGGCGGUGGCACCACUACUGCGUGUAAACCUUGGACCGUUAUGACUCACAACCACCUGGUUCUAGAGACAUGGUCGGACAGACAACGAGCAGAGCAGGGCGACUCGUCGCGCUGCUAGUUCGGUACCAUCGGCACUACCGCUUCAGGCUUCUACUUGCCAGUCACUGAGCAGCCGAUCGACCCGAGGCUUGAGCUUAAACCUGAGUUUGGCAUGGCCCGACCCGAUUCGAUCCUAUAGCUUAUGCCCAGGUAGACGACCCCCUUGGGUAGAGUAUAUCUCCUGUGCUAGCCAGAAUGACUCCUCUCGGAGGGUUGGCAUCCCACCUCGCAUCUCAUCCAUAUAGAUGCGUGUCUGUAAGUUGCGUGUACCGUCUAGUUCAGCAAUCUCUCCGCAGCGUCAGACAGAUAGAGGGGAGUUAGUGGAGAAAGACUAACUGCCAGCCUUCGCUUUAUCUAGGACGACUUCGAAGAGGCGACGAUGAAUUGGAGGGGACGCUCAAAGGGCUCCAGGGGAGCUUAACUCAGCUUCGGUAGCUGCAUAAACCUAAGCAACAGAAGGAGCUUGGAUGAAUCGCAAAGGAGCAGACCCUGGACACGCUUUGGAUGUUGGUCAUAGCUGAUUCCAGGGGAUCGAGCAAGCCUUGCGAAUUAGGUAGGUUGGCCGACUGCUAAGGGGGCUUCAGCCGUAGUAGUCACGACCCAAUGGCCAUGUGAUCUAUGUUGCCCAUAAAUCAGGUGUUAAAUACGUUGGAUUUAUAUGCAUGCAACUAAAACAUAUUGAUGGUGGACA